CGCCGCUCAUGGCGGCCGAGAAGCCGUAGGCCGCCGCGCGCUCCAUGCUGCCGCCGCCGCCGCCGCGGGGAGAGGCCGCCCUUCCGGGGAGGGGUCCGGCGGCGCGGGCGGCGGCGGAGGCGCUCGGCGGGCGAGCGUGUGCGGCCUGUGUGCGAUAGCUGCGCUUGCGGUACCCUGGGAUUGGGCGCUGCUGCGCCUUGCUCCGGGCGAAUUUGCUCCUUCGUGACGAGAUGCUGCAUUUAACACAUCAGCUGGAGCUGUUUCCUGACCGUAGCGUGACUCUGCUCCUGUUUAAUGACGUGAAAAAUGCUGCUGCUCUCAGAAAGAAAGCAAUGGAAGGCUCUAUCGAUGGAGCAUUAAUAAAUCCUGCAAUGAUUGUAGACCCUUUUCAAAUUCUUGUGGCAGCCAACAAGGCAGUUCAUCUACACAAGAUUGGUAAAAUGAAGACCAGAACUCUCUAUGCAGAAAUUAUUUUCAACCUUUCACCAAACAAUAAUAUUUCAGAUGCAUUGAAAAAAUUUGGUAUUUCAGACAGUGAUACAGCGGUACUCAUUGUUCUGGUUGUGGACAGAGAAAAAACUGUUAAUCUGGAAGAUGUAGCAUCUCAAGUAGAAGGCCAGCAGGUUUCUUUAGACGAACUCCCCCAACUAACAGACAUUGCAAAAGUUAAAAAGAUGUACAAACUUACUCCACAGGAAGAAAAAAUCGGCACCUUAUUGGAUGGCAUUAUUUGCAGAAUGUCAACAAAAGAUGUUUUAUGAAAAUGUGCAAAUAAAUUUUUUAAAGAAAAAGAAAAACAGGGCUUUCUAAGCUGCAAAAACAUUUCAUGGCUAUUCAUCCUGUAUUUCAGAGAAAUCGGUGUAGUAUCGAGUAGUGUAGUGACAUCUGAACUUUAACUAUAAAGAACUACCUUGAGUAUGGGAGUGAUCUAAGCUGUAUUCUAAGCACAGAGCAAUUCUGCUGUACUAAGCAAAAUUGUCCAUUAGCGUUUCUGUCUGUUUUCUCAUUUAACAUGAGAAAAGAUCACUUUUCCCGAUACCUUGAGUUCAUCAUAAAAAGAAGGCUUGAAAACCUGUA